GGAAGGUAUCGAUAAAUUUGACUUCUUGACUCUUGUUUGACGUAAAAUAAUCGUGGUGUAGUAAACAUGGCGGAAGAACUGAAUGUUGAUAGUCUAAUUCACAGACUUUUAGAAGUUCGAGGAUGCCGCCCUGGGAAAACAGUGCAGAUGUCAGAGUCGGAGGUGCGAGGACUAUGCACUAAAUCCAGAGAGAUAUUCCUGCAACAGCCCAUACUUCUGGAAUUGGAGGCACCACUCAAAAUUUGUGGUGAUAUACAUGGCCAGUACACCGAUUUGUUGCGUCUUUUUGAGUAUGGCGGCUUUCCGCCCGAAGCCAACUAUCUAUUUUUGGGCGAUUACGUCGAUCGCGGCAAGCAGUCUCUCGAAACCAUAUGCCUUUUGCUUGCUUAUAAAAUCAAGUAUCCCGAGAAUUUCUUCCUCCUGCGCGGGAAUCAUGAGUGCGCGAGCAUAAAUCGUAUUUAUGGUUUCUAUGAUGAGUGUAAACGCCGAUAUAACAUCAAGCUGUGGAAGACCUUCACAGACUGUUUUAAUUGCUUGCCAAUCGCCGCUAUCAUUGAUGAAAAAAUAUUUUGUUGUCAUGGCGGUCUUUCGCCCGAUCUACAGGGCAUGGAGCAAAUUAGACGGAUAAUGAGACCCACUGAUGUCCCUGACACUGGUUUACUCUGUGACCUCUUGUGGUCGGAUCCUGACAAGGACGUGCAAGGCUGGGGCGAGAAUGACCGUGGUGUAUCAUUCACAUUUGGUCCCGAUGUGGUCAGCAAGUUCCUCAAUAGACACGACUUGGAUCUCAUUUGCAGAGCCCAUCAGGUUGUUGAAGAUGGCUAUGAAUUCUUUGCAAAGAGGCAGCUUGUAACACUCUUCUCUGCUCCCAAUUAUUGUGGUGAAUUUGACAAUGCUGGUGGAAUGAUGUCCGUUGACGAGACAUUAAUGUGCUCUUUCCAGAUAUUGAAACCAUCUGAGAAAAAGGCAAAGUAUCAGUACAAUGGCAUCAACAGCGGGAGACCAGCCACACCCCAACGAUCACCGCCGAAAAAGAAAUAACUGACGUUUGGGAUCCAGUGUGCUGCACAGUGAGAAGGAUGCUACAAAUAAUUUAAUUUAAUUGUAUCAUGUAUUAUAUUACUACAUUAGUGUAGUCAUCGGACAUAGCCGAGUAUAAUGUCGUCUGUAUAGUUAAAUUAUUUUUCAAUAAUUUGUGCCUUCUGUUUUGUUAGUGAUAUUAAAUUUGAGGUUAGUUUACUCAGUUUUUGAUUGACAUUAUACAUUCGGCGAUGCCUAUUGAUUGCAGCUUUUUCGGUCCCUCAGAUAAUGCAGCCUUAUCCUUUUUUCUUAUAUUGACCCAUUGUAGAAAAUUUUAUUGAAAUGAAGUGGCAGGCUAAGAUGCGGGCAUUGGACAUUAAGCGUCAGAACACUCUUUGUGUAGUUUUAGUGGAUCGAAAAACCUAUUUGAGUUUCUUAUUCUGUAACUAAUGUGCCUAUAAAUGUAAAGUAUAAUAGGUCUUAAGUAAAAUUGGUUGAUUACAAAACUUAAAAUUAUAAGUUUUGACGAUAAUGUUUUAUGAAAACUGACUCGUCUCCUAAAUUAUUCUAUUGUGUUUAUUGUGAUUGGUUUUGAGUAAAAUUGUCCUGAGGAGAAGCUGGCCUAAGACAUGAUAUUAACCUUCACCUGUAGCUAAUAAGUGUUUAUUUGUAUUCUAGGACUCCAUUGCAAUUCACUACAUUGUAUGCUUAGGGAGUGAGCCCAAGUCCCCAGUGAAUUUAAUGUUAUUUUGCAUACAGUAUUACUCUUAUGAUAAGUAGUUAUAUCAAAAUUAUUGGCAAAUUGGCAUGAUCUCCCCAGAGGCUUUAUCUUCGUGUCCUUAGAUCAUCUAUCUAUAAAUGAAUUGAUAUAAUUUGUAAUGACUGUAGAGAGCAGUGUAGUCCUCGCAACAAUAGUGCAAUUGCUAUAUUAUUAUAUUUAAAAUUAUAUGCAAAUUUUGCAUUGUACAAUUUUAUUUUUUAGCUAUGUUAACAUUGUCAAAUAAAUAAUCAUAAAUAAAUAUUACUAUUUAAAAUGAGAUGUUUAUUUUUGUUUCAUUUGUUUGCAUUUACAGACACUGUAUGUUUUCAAAAAUACUUUAUUUCUACAUUUUCAUACAAGAUUUUCUUCUAAGCUUAGAGAUAUGAAAGCUUUAUUAUUUAGUAUGUAGUUUAAUAAUAAAUUUCAAUGAGAUUUCUAAAACUUUUGUGUAAUAUUAUUUGCUUGUUUAACACUGCAUAGGGCUUGCAAUUUGCUUUUGGUAACACUUUGUAUUACACUUAAGUUCAUUUGUUCACUAUGUAACACUUGCAAAAAUUGUUUCAUGUUUUAUUGAGUUAAAGAAUUCUUAGAUAUAUAAAUUUUUGUUAUAUGUUUCUCAGGUGUGUACAAUUUUCUGAAAUAUAAAUUUUAUUCAA